AUGGCCGCAUACCUCAACCAACGCCUCCAACAUCCUCACAUCGCUCAUCCGCAUCACGGCAUCAUCGUCUCACGGGCUGGAACGCCAGCCCUCGAAAAGAACGCAAAGUGUGCUGCGCCCAUUGCAAACAUCGCAGCCAAGAAUGCCCCGUUCUUCACCCCUGAGCAGGAUCCCGUGGCCGGCAGUCCAACUGCCACCCAGCCAUCCGGCAAUCCUGUCCCAAAGCUCUUCACGCCACUCAAAAUCCGCGGCAUAGAGCUGCCGAAUCGUAUCUGGGUGAGCCCCAUGUGCCAGUACAGCGCUCAUGAGGGCUUCCACACACCUUGGCACAUUGCCCACUACGGCGGCAUGGCCCUGCGCGGUCCUGGCCUGGUUAUGAUUGAAGCUACCGCUGUGCAAGCCAACGGCCGAAUCACUCCAGAAGACUCUGGCAUCUGGUUAGACGCCCAUAUCGACACUUUGAAAAAACACGUCGACUUUGCACACAGCCAAAACGCCAAGAUUGGGAUCCAACUCUGCCAUGCAGGUCGAAAAGCCUCUACAGUUGCUCCUUGGCUCAGCUCAGGCGCCACAGCUACCGAGGAAGUCGGCGGCUGGCCAUCCCACGUGGUAGGGCCCAGUGAAGAGCCAUUCAACGAACACUAUCCUACUCCAAGAGCUCUCAGCCUGGCAGAAAUCACGCAAGUGAAGAGCGAUUUCCUCUCUGGUGUGCGCCGAGCACUCCGCGCUGGGUUUGAUGUGAUUGAAAUGCAUUUUGCCCAUGGCUACUUGGUCUCGAGCUUCCUUUCGCCAGCAGUCAAUAAACGUACAGAUCAGUAUGGAGGAAGUUUCGAGAACCGCACCCGACUCGCGCUUGAAAUCAUAGACGCAACGAGAGAAAUCAUCCCUGCCGAUAUGCCCUUCUUUAUUCGAAUCAGCGCGACCGACUGGCUGGACACAAACCCAGACUGGAGCGGCCCAAGCUGGACUGUAGACGAAAGCGUCAAAUUCGCCAAGCUUCUGGCUCAGCGUGGAGUUGAUGUGCUGGAUGUGUCUAGUGGUGGAAACCAUUCACUGCAAAAGGUUGUUGGUGGACCGGGAUAUCAGGCGCCAUUCGCAAAGGCAAUCAAAGCAGCUGUGAAAGAUACUAUGCUAGUAAGCUCAGUAGGAAGUAUCAAGACGGGACUAGAGGCGUCGAAGAUUAUUGAUGGCAGCCAAGACGAAGACGGCAGCGACACGCCUCUGGAUUUGAUUGCUGCAGGCCGAAUGUUUUUGAAGAAUCCGGGAUUGGUCUGGGCAUGGGCUGAUGAAUUGGGCGUUACAAUCAAUGUUGCGCAUCAGAUCGGAUGGGGCUUUGGCGGGAGGGCGUCUAGAAAGACGACGAAGCUGACAGUUCCUUGA